AUGGCUGAAGUUGCAGCAGGCGCGUACGUUGCGGCCGAAGUGGUAGAACACACGGCAGAAGCAGGUUACGCCGCGUACAUCGUCUCGAAGCCCACGCUCCCCCUCAAAGUCACUUUCAAACGCAUAGCCACAGCAACAGGUGACUCUUCGGCACGCUCUUUGGCGCGUUCCAAUCACACAGUCACGGUGCUCGGCAACAAAGCUUAUAUCUUCGGCGGCGAUACUGCGAACAACGUUCUUGCGAGCAACCAUGUACAUGCCGUUACUCUUGAGCAUUCCGGUAAACCGGAGAUGGACUACAGCAUCAUUCCUGCUCUGUCAACAUGCGAAGAUGGCCGCACGCCAGCGGAGAGAUCGAAUCACGCAGCCUGUGCUUUCCACGGCAACAUCGCUAUAUACGGUGGCAGUGAUAACGCUGGCGAUCUCAUCGACGAGCAAUCGUCUGUAUGGCUGUUCAGUCCUGACAGAAAGAGCUGGGAUAUUCUACAACCCUCCAAGGGAGAUGUCGACACUGGAGACAUUGGCCCGGGCCCGCGGCGCAACGCGAAGCUGUUCGCGCAUGAUCAACACGUAGUGUUGUUCGGUGGUGUCGAUGGCUCUGGGGACAAUGCAUCGGAUUUGUGGCAAUUCGACAUCGCUGCGCGCUACUGGACGCAACUUCCAACAGCGCCAGUCGCGACAUCCAACGCCGCCUUGGCGAAUGGUCAGUUAUGGCUGAUAUCUGGAUCCGAUCCAAUGAGUAGCCAGCUCCAUCAUAUCAGCGUCUCGUCUUCCAGUGAAGAGAGGAAAUGGGAGUCCUUCACGUUUCCUACCAAUCCACUAGCGCCUGGCCCCCGUGCGCGACAUGACGGCGCCUUGAUACCGGUGACUACUGGGUGGGGCCGUAACUACCUCGUCUAUCUCCUAGGCGCACGGAGCGACUCUUCUGCUGAUGCAUCCAACACGAAGCCAGAAGAUCCAAAGCACGCAGGCGAAGUCACCCAAUUCAGCGACACCUGGGUUCUCCAGAUCCCUGCAAGCGAUUUGGAGGCGAAGCCAUCAAUGACGCUCAAAAACGCCAUCAACCCUGCGAAGAUCAAAGAUGCUAUCCGAUCUGCGCUGGGGGCUGAUACUGGUCACUUGUCGUGGGCGGAGGCGGUAGUACAGACCCCUUCGGAGAAACAACUGGAAGAGGAAGAUGGCAAACUGCAUCCCGGCCCAAGGGCUCUGUUUGGAUCGGACGUCAUGGAGAAGGGCAGCAGCAUAGUCUUCUGGGGUGGUGUAGAUGCGAAAGGGGAGAGAGUCGGUGAUGGUUGGGUCGCGAGUUUCGAGUAA